GUGUUUCUGAGAAACAAAUGGGCGCGCAGCAAACAAAGGACUUUCCAUACGAAGUCAGCCCGACUGUCUCUGCCACAGUGUCGCUGUGGGAGCUCCGCGACGGCACUCGCAAGGCGGACAAGUCGCCCGUCUCGGUCUUUGUGGCAGACUCGGCGCGCUUGCCUCAUGAGAGCAUGGUGGCCGCGCGAGACUCCUUCCGCAGAAUGAGGACGCUGAUGCAUCCAAGCUUACUACGCUACGUGGACGGCGUCGACCUCGAAACCAAGGUGUACAUUGUCACAGAGCCCGUCGUCCCACUCAGACGUGCUCUCGAUGCUGCGCAGAGCUCGUCGUCGUCGUCGUCGUCGUCGUCGUCGUCUGCGGGCGGAACGACGGCUGGGGCAAGCAAGGCCGUCGAACUCGAGCGAACGCAAAUGGCCGUUGCUUGGGGCCUGCAUCAGCUCGCAAAGGCAAUCAGCUUCUUGAACAAUGACUGCAAGCUGGUGCAUGCCAACAUCCACCCGGGCGCGGUGGUGGUGGAUCGAUCGGGCGCGUGGAAGCUGUUCGGCUUUGACUGCCUCGUCGCUGCAGACCAAGAGCCCUCCGUGGUAGCCUCCAGACUCGGCAUCAACUGCCUGCCAGGCUUGCAAAAGUACCGCCCGCCAGAGUACCAUCGCGGUGUGGCCGUACUGGCGGCCGGGUUCUUGGCCACGCCGCCCUGCACCUGGAGUUUUGACUCCUGGGGUCUCGGUUGCAUUGUCUACGAAUGCUUCAAUGGCCCUCUCGACCGUCCAGAGUCCCUUCAGUCGACGGGCUCCAUUCCCAAGACGCUGCUACCCGUGUACCGCUCGCUGCUGCACUCGGACGUGAAGGCGCGACUCAACUCUUCCCGGUUUGUAACCGAAGGACGCCAGCCGGGCGGUUUCCUCGACAACCCGUUCGUUACAGCGUGUGUCUUUCUGGAGGAACUCAGCAUCAAGGAGGCCAGUGAGAAAACGGAAUUCUUCCGUCAUCUGCCCGAGCACAUUGACACCUUCCCGAUCGCCGCAUGUCGCUACCUCGUCCUUCCACAGCUGCUCCUUGCGCUCGAAUACAACAUUGCUACCUCCUCCGUCCUUGCAUCCGUGAUGAAAAUCGCGCAGUCGUUGCCGGCCACAGAGUAUGAGACGCAGAUUGUUCCGUGCGUCGUCAAGCUCUUUGCCUCGCCAGACCGCGCCAUGCGCAUGCAUCUACUGGCGCAUCUCGAUCAGUAUCACGAGCAUCUGCAAGCUGCUGUCGUGAAUGACCAGAUCUUCCCCCAUGUUGCGAAUGGUUUUAUGGACACUUCUGCAUCCCUUCGCGAAGCGACUCUGAAAAGCAUGCUCUUGUUCACGCCCAAGCUCACAGAAAAGACAAUCAAUACGCAGCUGCUCAAGUUCUUUGCCAAGCUCCAGCUCGAUGAAGUGGCAACGAUUCGCGCCAACACCACCAUCUGCCUUGGCAAAGUUGCGCCGUCCCUGCCAGCUGCCACACGAGACAAGGUGCUGGUCGCUGCGUUCUCGCGCGCUUUGAAGGAUACAUCGCCACAUUCCAGAAUUGCUGGAUUGAUGGCAUUCCAAGCUACUAGCGAGUACUACUCUGGGAACGAGCUCGCCAUGAAGAUUCUGCCAAACAUCUCUCCGCUACUAAUCGACCCAGAGAAAGCUGUUCGCGAUCAAGCAUUCAAAACCUUCCAAGCUGCCCUCGCCAAAGUCGAAGAAUUCGCCUCAACUCUGCCAGCCACCGACCCCACCAAAGCCCCUGAGCCUGGCACCGGUGCCGCUUCCUCUGCUGGUAAUGGCGCAGUCGGCGCCACGCCAGAUGCUGCCUCGUGGACGGGUUGGGCAGUGAGCGGGGUUGGCUCGAUUGCCAAAAAAUGGAUUGCCACUCCGACGAGUACGCCGCCAGCGACAUCCUCUGCUGGCCCAAGUACUGGUGGUCCUGUCACUGUCAACUCUGGCGCAUCGACCGGCCGUGCUACCGGCGUGGGAUCUGGUCCCACACCCGCAGCAACCAAUCCGCAGACCUUUGGAGCUCAGCAACCGUCGUUUGCUUCCUCUACCUCCUCGUCCAGUUCCUCGUCCACCACAAUGAAGGCACCCGUGGCCGAAGUGAGCUCGGGCCGCCCAGGAAUGACUCUGCAGCGAACUGCCGAAGAAGCCUCUGGCUGGGGAAGCGCUUGGGAUGAUGAGGCGGACGAAGACGUGACGUCGCCUCCAGGACCCGUGUUUGCUUUUGCACCCGCGGCUAGUGCAGAUUCCGGUGCUCUGCGCGGUGGGAGCGGAUGGGAUAACGACACCGAGGACUGGGGAUCGUUCGAAGACGAGCCGCCAGCACCCGUCAAGCCUGUACAAACAGCCAUUCCAACAGCCAGCCAGCAGCAAGCUGCUCGUGUCCCCGCUCUUGGAGCAGCCACGCUCUCGUCGCGACUCACCCCUGCAGCUCCCCAACCAACCGCGUCGGCGUGGUCCAAGUUCUCAAGCGAUUCCGACGACAGCUCGGGCUGGUGGUCUGCGCCUCCCGCUGUAGGAGCACCUGCGCCCAUCCAGGUUCAAACUAGUGCUGCUGCGCCAUCCUCCACUUCCAAAUCGGGAGUCGUCAUUGAUGCCCCACGCCAGAGCGACAAUGACGGCGCGAAGGACUCGGAUGAGUUCCACGACGCCAGUUCUUACUUUGGCAAUGAGGACCCUGCCGCACGACGCGAAGCGCAGCGCCAACGCCAAGAGCAGCUGCGAAAGGCGCGUGAGGAACGCAAGUCAGCGGGCACGAGUGCUGGAGGUGGCCUUGGUGCGGUGAAGCGCGCCCAAGAUUCCAAGAGCGCCUGAGCUGUCCUUUCCUCUCCCUGAUCCAUUCCAUGCAUCCAUUCCUUCCGUCGUCCUUUCUCUUCCUUGCCCUGUAUAUUUGCCACAUUGCGUUUCGUUGCUCUGUAAUAAUUUGGAGUUUUUUUAUUUCUUAAUACGCGAGUGCAGUAG